GGUGGCGGCCGGGCCCGCGGAGCCGUGAGGCAGCGCCGGGAGGCCGCGGCAACAACGGCAGCGCUGCCCCAGGCUCGGCAGCAGAUGAAGCUCUCGGGGCACUCUAGAUCGCUCUUGCCCUGACACACUUCCAGCCUGACAAUGGCGCACUGUUACUUGGAGGAGGACAGCAUGCAGAACCUGCGGCAAAUCAACAGGCAGAUGAGGCUGCUGGACCUGCGGCUGCAGCUGCUCCGGGACAGGCUGUGCACGGCCCGCAUGAACCGCUGCGUCCUCUCCUGCUGCUCCCUGCCCAGCCCCUGCUUCCGGAGACGGUGCGUCGCUGUGAAAAACGACAGAACGAAAAGACUUGGCAUGAUGCUGAACUCGUGCAGUGGUCAGAACUUGGCUUUGAUCGAUGUGAAGGGUUUUGACCCCAAAGACAUCACGGUGACGGUGAAGGACGGGAAGGUGACGGUGUCAGCGGAGCGCAAGAUGGAGUGCAACACCCCCCUGGCAAAGACCAGUAACUACAAAAGGUUCGUGAAGGAAUUCUGCCUGCCGCCAGGGGUGUGUGACAAGGAGGUGACAUACUCGGUGGAAUCCAAGUGCCUCCCGCCACCCAAGUGCUGCCCUUACCUCUGCCCUUAAAGAGCUGCAGUAGGAAACCAAACCAGCCAGGCCAUUCCUUUGCCUCAAGCUUUCUCUUCAUGACAUUUGGAUCUGUGUCAGAGCUUCUCUUACCUCUUCCAUUAAAGAAAGCAGCAUACUGAG